AUCGUCAAGACGAGAAGGGAGAAAGAUACAGACAACUCAGAGAGAGAGAGAGAGAGAGAGAGAGAGAGAGGGAGGAAUGGGUAGCAGUAGCAGCGAUGAAAAUCCAGUUAUCCUAAUGUGGCCAUGGCUGGCUCACGGCCACAUAUCGCCAUUCCUAGAGCUGGCCAAGAAACUCUCACAAAGAAACUUCAACAUCUACUUGUGUUCAUCGCCGAUCAAUCUCACACCCUUCCGAGAAACCCUUCUUCUCAGCCACUUCCCCUCGAUUCAACUCGUCGACGUCCACCUUCCUCCCUCGCCGGAGCUCCCUCCCCACUUCCACUCCACCAAGGAUCUCCCGCCCCACCUCAUGUCCGCCCUCAAAGCCGCUUUCGACGCCUCCGAAGCCACCUUCCGCCACCUCCUCGCUGUUCUCAAACCCGACCUCGUCAUCUACGAUUUCCUGCAACCAUGGGUGCCAAUUGCUGCCGCCGAAGCCUCCACCAAGGCUGUCGUCUUCAUCACGUGCGGCGCCGCCACUAACUCUUUCUUAACUCACGUCUGCAAGUUUCCCGACACCCAGUUCCCUUUUCCGGCGUUGGAUUUCCCUGAGGAUGAGCGUCAGUACAUUUGCCAGUUCAUUUACGAGACUGCAAACGGUAUCACAAACAAGGACAGGUACCUAGGCUGCAUCAAAAGAUCUUCGAGCCUGGUGCUGAUCAAGUCAUCGAGAGAGAUCGAAGCGAAGUAUCUCGAUUAUCUUUCCGUUUUAUCGGGAAAGGAGGUGGUUCCAGUCGGGCCUCUUGUUCAUGUUCCCGCAAGCAAAAACGAUGAUGCAGCGAUAAUGGAGUGGCUGAGCAAGAAGGAGCCUUCUUCGACUGUGUUCGUGUCUUUCGGAAGCGAAUAUUUCCUUUCCAGGGAAGAGAUUGAAGAGAUCGCCCAUGGACUGGAGCUCAGCAAGGUGAAUUUCAUCUGGGUCGUGAGAUUCCCCGGAGGACAGAGAAGCAGGGUCUUUGAGGUCUUACCAGAAGGGUUUCAGAAGAGGGUUGGGGAAAGAGGAAUGGUUCUAGAAGGGUGGGCCCCGCAGGCGAAGAUUCUAGGGCAUUCCGCCAUCGGAGGCUUCGUGAGCCACUGCGGGUGGAGCUCAGCGCUGGAGGGCCUGGUGUUCGGCGUUCCGAUCGUCGCCAUGCCAAUGCACCUCGACCAGCCGUCCAACGCCAGGCUGGUGGCGGAGACCGGCUGCGGAAUGGAGGUGAAGAGAGAGAAGGGGAAGUUUCGGAGAGAGGACGUGGCCGGAGUGAUCCGGAAGGUGGUAGGGAGGGAAAGUGGGAAGGAGGUGACAAGAAGAGUAAAGGAGAUGAGUGAGAGAUUGAGGGAGAAAGGUGACGAUGACGUGGAUGCCACGGUGGGGAAACUGGCGCAUCUCAUUGGUCAACAGUAGAAUCACGAACUUCCAUUAAUCCUUAAGUUGAAUGAAGAAAUAAAUCAAUAUCGCUAAGAAAUAAAUAUAUAUAUUUAUAUAUAUAUGACUUCUCUUAUCUUAAAUAACGGUAAAUUUAUUCUGUACAAAGUUUGAAAGAUUUAUUGGAUUUCAUAAAAUUAUUUAAGUGUUCGUAUUUUAUUAAUUAGUAUUAAUAGUUAAUUAAUUAAUACUAAUUUAGUGGAAAUGAGAAAUGAAGAAUUGCUAAAUUGGUGAUCAUAUAAUUAGUUAAUUAAGGGCCGUUUUAUUUAUCGUAGUAAGUCUAUGUCUUUGCGAAAAAUACAUAAUUAAUUAAUAUAUUGUGUAAAUAAAAUUAAAAUUAAAGAAGUUGCAAACAGCCCGGGAUUAAUUUAUUAGGUUAAUUAAUUCAUAUGAAAGUCUUAGCUAGCUAGAAGAAGUUAGAAGCAAAUUAAGGAUUAUUAGGAUUAAUUUGACCUCCACUAAUUUGGCUUUUGA